AUGGCAAGUCAAACCGGUGCCUCUCGAAGGAGUAUUUCCUCGACGAAGAAAGCCUCCGAAUCAGGAGUGACUCACGCUACUACUCGAAAAUCAAUUACCUCUUCGCGACCUGUGGUAUUAUCAGGAGAGCGAACAGUGAAAUCAUUGCGACUUUCAAAGGCUCUGACGGUGCCUGAAACAACAACCAUCUAUGAAGCCUGUCGUCGGAUGGCAGCCCGCAGAGUGGAUGCUCUAUUACUAACUGAUUCUAAUGCUUUACUCUGUGGAAUCCUCACGGACAAGGAUAUAGCAACACGAGUUAUUGCCAAAGAGAUUAACCUUGAAAACACACCAGUUUCCAAGGUCAUGACUAGGAAUCCAGUAUUUGUCCUUUCUGAAACUCUUGCUGCGGAAGCCCUUCAAAAGAUGGUGCAAGGGAAAUUCAGACAUUUACCUGUGGUGGAGAACGGGGAAGUUUUGGCUUUAUUAGACAUAGCCAAGUGUUUGCAUGAUGCCAUUGCCCGAAUGGAAAGGGCAGCUGAGAAAGGAAAAGCAAUUGCAGCAGCUGUUGAAGGAGUGGAAAAACACUGGGGAACAACAGACUCCAAUACAUCAUUCAUUGAAACUCUUCGGGAGCAAAUAUUCAAGCCAUCAUUGUCUACAAUCAUUCCCGAUAAUUCAAAGCUUGUAACAGUAUCACCAACAGACUCGGUGCUGACAACAACAAAGAAGAUGGUUGAAUUUCAUGAAAGUUGUGCUGUUGUGACUGUUAAUAACAAGCCUCACGGCAUCUUUACUUCAAAAGAUAUCUUGUUGCGGGUGAUUGCCCAAAAUCUUUCUCCAGAAUCAACUCCCAUAGAGAAGGUCAUGACUCCAAAUCCAGAAUGUGUAGUAAUUGAUACGCCCAUUGUUGAUGCACUUCACACCAUGCAUGACGGAAAAUUUUUGCAUCUUCCUGUGAUUGAUAGAGAUGGCAGUGUAGUUGCUGUGGUCGAUGUGAUUCAUGUUACUCAUGCUGCUGUGGCGACAGUAAGUCAGGUUGGGAAUAAUGAAGCUGCAACCACCUUGAUGCAAAGAUUUUGGGAUUCAGCCAUGUCCUUAACCCCAAAUGAUGAUGACGAUGAUACACGAAGUGACAGUUCCUUGAAAUUGGCUUCAGAGGGAGGAGAAACGGCGAGGUCCAUUCCUCAUCUUUCAUCAACCAUGGCCUACACAUUUUCCUUCAAAAUACAAGAUAGAAAGGGCAGAAUGCACAGAUUCACAUGUGAUACCCGGAGCAUGAAAGAGGUUAUAACUUCAAUCAUUCAGAGACUUGGUGAUGAUAUUGAUCCUAACAACGUACCCCAAAUUUUGUAUGAAGAUGAAGAUCAUGAUAAAGUUAUAUUGGCUUCAGACAGUGAUCUUGCAGCAGCUGUGGAUCACGCAAAGACAGCUGGUUUGAAGGGGUUGAAAUUGCACUUAGACUUCGGAGGACAACGUGGCGAUUUGAAAGGUUCUCGUUCAGGAAGUUAUGCUUAUUCAGAUGCAUGGACCUCUGCAUAUAGUGCUGCGGCAGCUGGAGCUGCACUUGUUGCUGGCUUAGGCAUAUUAACGUACUUGAAGCGAGUUUGA